GACAUGCGCAGAAGCGCACUCGAUGUUGAUGUCAGUUUCCGAGGACGCGCAGUAUAUUUCGUUGCGCUCUGGCAAAUGGCUGUACUGGAAGAUGUGUGAUGAGUGAAGCCGUAAAUAGUACGAGUAGCUACACAUUUUUAAAGACUGGAGCGAUCGACGGCGUAAAAUGGACCAGGAGUUUGCGGACAUAGACUCACAGGGGCGGUGGCAGAACCUAUACGUAGAAAUUCGUAGUCAGUCCCAUGAAUGUCCGUACAAGGUGGCGAAAUAUCCAGAGAAUAGGAAUCGGAACCGGUAUAGAGACGUCAGCCCCUUUGAUCACAGUCGAGUAAAACUGAAAAAUUCAGAAAAUGACUACAUUAAUGCCAGCUUAGUUGUGAUGGAAGAGGCCCAAAGAAGUUAUAUAUUAACACAGGGCCCUUUGAAAAGCACCUGCGGGCACUUUUGGCUGAUGAUCUGGGAGCAGAGGACCAAGGCGGUAAUCAUGCUGAACCGAGUCAUUGAGAAAGGAAUAGACAAGUGCGCGCAGUACUGGCCGACCCAGGAGGUGCGGGAGAUGGCGUUCAGGGACACGCGCUUCGCCGUGACGCUGGUGUCGGAGGACGUGAAGUCGUGCUACACGACGCGGACGCUGGAGCUGCGGAACUCGAACACGGGCGAGACGAGGGAGAUCUGCCACUUUCACUAUACCUCCUGGCCUGAUUUUGGGGUCCCGGAGUCUCCCGCCUCCUUCCUCAACUUCCUGUUCAAGGUGCGAGAGUCCGGCUCUUUGGGCGUCGACCACGGGCCCGCCGUAGUGCACUGCAGUGCCGGGAUUGGCCGGUCGGGCACCUUCUCAUUGGUGGACACUUGUCUUGUCUUGCUGGACAAGAGAAAAGAACCCUCGUCCGUGGACGUUAAGAAGAUCCUCCUCGACAUGAGGAAGUUCCGCAUGGGUCUGAUCCAGACCCCCGACCAGCUGCGCUUCUCCUACUUGGCCAUCAUGGAGGGCAGCAAGUGCAUCAUGGGAGAUUCCUCAGUGCAGAAACGGUGGCCGGAGCUCUCCGAAGAGGACCAGGAGCCCGGGUCCGUCUCGCCCCCGCCCGCCCAGCCAAGCGCCAAGCGCCCCGCGGACAAGUUCAACGGGAGCCGGCUCUCCCACCCCGGCGAGGCGGGGGACCCCGACAUCGGGAGGACCGCUGGGAAAGAGCCGGACCUGGACGGGAACGUGGGAAACGCCCGCAAGCGACACCGCGAGGAGAGGGUGGCAAACGCCGCGCCCAAGGCCCUGCAGGGGAAGCAGAGGAUGAGCGAGACGGAGAAGAAGAGGAAAAGGUAGCUACUGAGGAGGAGAAGUGCGCCGGAAAAAGCCGCGGGUCGAGAACGACUGACACCUAACGCUACAGACUCUCCGUAUCGCUGAAACUCUCGUCAGGGCAGCGAAUGUUCAUCGGCAGGGAUCUCCAGCUCAAACUCCGCCCCCUUCCCCCCCGACUACCUGACCCCUAACUGUUUACAACAUAAUCUUCGACAUUCUUUGGAUGAAGAAAGAAAUAUUUUUUUUCCUUUAUGAAAACACCAGCAUGGAACAUAUUUUCAUGGAGUACUCAUGAUAAUCCAUUGUCAUAGUUCAGUUUGGUUUGAUCAUUUUCCCCCCCUCUCUUUUGCUUGCAUCUAUUGAAAAAGGCAAAAGGUAGUAGGCUUAUCAUUGCCAAUUUGUACUGCUAUUCAUAUAUAUAUUUUUUGAAUCUUUUUCGAUGGCAGAAUGAAAUGUUCUCUAUUUUUUUAUAAGAAAUUACUUGAAAUUUCCUACUGCAUUCGAGAGCAAACUGCAAGCCCACUUGUGGAAAGUGUUUUAAAAAGACGUGUAACGUAACAGUUGGCUCCAUUGUGUGUAUAAUGUUCUUUUUAAAAAUGUGUCCAAAAGGUAUUUUUGAUUGUACGACAGUGAUGAAAGAUGACAUUUGCAAGUGGUCAAGUGGAAAUAAUUGAAAAAGUCUUACAAAUCAUUAUCCAAGAGUGUAAUCAAUGAAUAAAAUUGGUACAUUUUAUUAA